AUGGUCUUCACGCAGGUCCUCAACGAUGCAUAUAAUGGAGGCACAGAUGGAAUCCACAAAGCAACUUUGUUCUCGCAAGAGCUCAGCAGCAGCGUAGACUACACCGCUGAGGCGAUGGAAAAGUUUGUGGAUAUGAUCCAACCAAUUCAAGGAGUUGCUUCCAUCUGCUACCCGGCAUCGGCGGCAGAAAUACCGGAGAAAUGCAGCAAAGCGUACGAGUAUGGCGAUACUGUGUACAUUCCUAUCACCCGGUCCAGCGUCGCCCCCACAACAAAUGAGGCGUACUCAGGUGGCUUGUGGAGAGACCCCAGUGAAAAACUCGACAAGGAAUGGUACGAGGCGAUACGUCUCCUGAGGAAGCAGGUUCCGAAGCUCAAGACCUUUGCAUUGUACACUGGAGCUCCUGACGACAAACUCCUUCACUACCUGCUAGGCGAGCACAGGCUAAUUUUUGACGGCCUCUUGAUCGACUGGGAAUUUGGUCGGGGAGCCUGCUGGUCAGAGGUGCAGAAAUCACCGCCCCACAACAACUGGAUGUGGUUCGUAAAGGGCAAAACAAGGUACAUGAUGGCCAAUCAGGAUCCAGCAAGCUGCAUCAACGCUGAUGGUAGCCGUGCCGACAAGGACGUGUUUCUGAAUGCUGGAGAACGCAGCCUGCAAAUCCAAGACUACCUCCUUCCCAUUUUCCCCUGCUACAACGGCAGCGAGUGGCGAUGCCACAGCGCCAUCAAGGAGAGGCCCGCUCUGGCGUGUGACGACCAGAGACAAAGUGAUAUUGGGAAUAACCUCGCGUUCUGGAGCACUCAUCAUCUCAACUUUGGCGGCUAUGGUGGAAGCCUCGGGCGGCUGGCAACAGUAGCUCUGCCCUGCUCGGUGCCACGAGGAUCAUGUGUACGAGAGAUGAAGCUUAGGACAAUUUUACUUCAAAUCUUGGUAGCAGAACUAUCAGACUUAGACAUCCACGCAUACGGGGAACCAACAAACCCAGAUCCGACAGGUUACAGAACUGGUGUGCAACCUCCUCCAGAGACAGCUGAAAUUCUGGAACAAACGGCGGGACGGUCUGCUGAGACUGUCUCACAUCAGAAGGUUCAGUCAAAGGAACCUCUAACAAUGAAAGCUGUAAGAGCUGCGUUUGAAAAUCUGAGAGGUGCGUUGAUGAUAGCAUAUCCGGCAUUCCAAGACCUUCCGGAAUGGGAUCCUGCUCGUAUCCUGCUUGAGGAAGAAGAUCAGCAGAACGAUACGAGUAUUGUCACAGAGGAACUCGAGGAAGACGAGGACGACUCGUAUCUCGACAGUGAGUGGGCAAAUCCACGAGGUCUCAAAAAUGCUCUUAUAGGAGGCGGCCGGGAAAUCCGAUGGAAGCCCUAA